AGUGGCAUGUGUCCGCCUACAAGAAAGUGAGGGGCGGGCACCGUGGGCUGCAGGUAGCCGGGGAGGAUGGAGUCCCAGGCCGCCGACUAUAACCCGGCCUCCCGCAAUCUCCACGGCAGCUCGGGAGAAAUGAAGCUGCGGAGGAGGAAGUCCAGGCAGUACGUGAGCGCGCAGGAGAAACGCUCUCCGCGCCGUGGUCUUCUUGGAGAAAACACUUACCUGGUCUUGUUUACCAUCGCUCUGCGAAUACUUAACUGCUUCUUAGUGCAGACAAGCUUUGUUCCUGAUGAAUACUGGCAGUCCCUCGAAGUUGCACACCGCAUGGUUUUCAGUUAUGGUUAUUUGACCUGGGAAUGGACGGAGCGAUUGAGAGGCUACACUUACCCCCUCAUCUUCGCCAGUAUUUACAAGGUUCUGCAUCUUCUGGGGAAAGACAGUGUUCAAUUCCUGAUCUGGAUUCCCAGACUUGGCCAAGCUCUUCUGUCUGCUGUAGCGGAUAUAAGGCUCUACUCCCUCCUGAAGCAGCUGGAAAACCAGGAAGUGGCACAAUGGGUGUUCCUCUGCCAGCUGUGCUCCUGGUUCACAUGGUACUGCUGCACACGGACCCUCACGAACACCAUGGAGACCUCCCUCACUGCCCUCGCCCUUUUCUACUAUCCUCUGGAAGGCUCGAGGUCCGUGAACAGCGUCAAGUACUCGCUCCUGGUGGCACUUGCUUGUGUGGUCCGCCCCACAGCUCUUAUCCCAUGGGUGCCGCUGCUCUUCAGACAUUUCUACCAAGAACAGAGAAAGCUCCAUCUGACUCUGCAUCAUUUUUUACCUGUAGGAUUUAUAACCUUCAGUUUGUCUCUGAUAAUUGACCGUAUCUUUUUUGGCCAAUGGACGCUGGUCCAAUUAAAUUUCUUGAAAUUUAACGUGCUGCAGAACCUAGGGACGUUUUAUGGCUCCCAUCCAUGGCACUGGUACCUCAGUCAAGGGUUCCCAGUUGUCCUGGGGACCCACUUACCUUUCUUCAUUCACGGUUGCUUCCUAGCCCCAAGGAGGCUCCACAUACUGCUGCUGACCGUGCUGUGGACACUGCUGGUAUACAGCAUGUUGGGCCACAAAGAAUUCAGGUUUAUCUAUCCAGUUUUACCAUUCUGCAUGGUGUUCUGUGGUUACUCACUAGCCCACCUGAAGACAUGGAGGAAGGCAGCCCUGAGCUUCCUGCUCUUGUCAAAUGUGCCACUGGCAUUCUACACUGGCCUAGUUCAUCAGAGAGGCACCCUGGAUGUCAUGAAUCACAUUCAGAAAGUCUGCCCCCGAGGUCCUGACCCAGCUUCGGCCUCAGUAUUCAUAAUGAUGCCCUGCCACUCCACGCCUUACUACAGCCAUGUUCACUGCCCACUGUCCAUGCGGUUUCUCCAGUGUCCCCCAGACUUGACUGGAAAAACUCAGUAUCUUGAUGAAGCAGAUAUGUUCUACUUAAACCCCUUAAGAUGGUUACAACAAGAAUUUCACAGCAAUGCGUCACUCCCCACUCACUUGGUCACCUUCAAUGUUCUGGAGAAGGAGAUCAAUACCUUCCUCACCUCAGGGAACUACGAGAGGGCCGCUACAUUCUUCCACACUCACUGGCCAGAGCGCCGAACUGGAAGUCACAUACACGUCUACGAGCGAAGGUUACCCGGCAGGGUCAACACAGGAGGGAACUGAACUGUAAGGACUUCUGCAGAGACGUUGGCAUAACUGAGAGAAACUGUAGGUGACCGUGAAAUGAGAGGAAGCCACUGGGGACAGCUGUCCCAUACACUGUCCUGAGGCAUUCUCAGAGAACACAAAUACGGCGCCAGACUUGAGAGAGACCUUUAGUUUUCCUCACGGUGCAGUUUAUUGUUUCUUCCAUAGCAUUCAGGUGUGCAAGAGAGUUCACAAGACAAGCCAGCCAGCUCUUCACAAACCAACGGGCUCUUGAACCCACAGAGAGACAAAAGCGUGAGAGUAGAGAUGUUAGCGCGGAGUCCCGCCUCAGCACAGUCCUCAGGCCCUGCUGCACACCUCCACACGGCACGAAAUGCCUGUGUGAGCUGAGCUCAGCUCCUCAAACCAAGCCCUGUUUCAUGCACAGACUAUUUCAUGCCUGGCUUCCUUAAUAAAACUACCAUUUCCCCCACCCCCCCCCAGCAGGAAAAAAAGUUUUUGUUUUUAACAAACCUAAGCUACAGGAAAAUGCAAGUUAGUAAGCUUUGCUUUUGCAUAAUAUAAAGACAGUCAUGGGGAGUUCAUCUCAACAUCAAACCAAGUAGAUAGCAUCCACAGCUCUUAACUUCCUAACUUAAUCACAAAUCAGUACUUAGGAUCGAAAGGUAACUGCCCCAGUUCUAGCUCAAGAUUUGCCGUGUGUCUUCCGUUAGCGCGACCGUAUUUUUGCCAUUUACCUUCCCUUUCAUAAGGCUGUGGAUGAAGGUGCUUCUGCUCUUGUUUUCGGUGCCUGGCGUUUUCAAUAGUUACCAUACGUUGCUUUUUAUCAGGUCGACUGAAAGUAGUAAACACAUUUUUUUAAUCUAUGUUAGAGUUCAGUUUUCUAAAAGUAAAAAGAACAAUGUUUUUCCCCACUUAUCUACCUGAACACUGCAAAAAGAUAAAACAGAAAAUAACAUCCUACUCUAAUUCCAGGAAAAAGGGGUAUUAUUUCAACACUGAAGGAAAAAGGGCAGACAUCAAUACUCCCGCACUGGCCGGAAGGGGAGGCCUGACAGGUGACGAGGAGCAGGAAUGUAACCAUAAAAUAAUGAGGCGUUUCCGUUAUCACUCCAGGAAGCAUAAGAACAACCAGCCUCGUCUCCAUCGGCUUUAUCCCUCAAUGAGAGAAGAGACACAGCUCGCAGAGCAGUCUCCAACCUUCCCCCGUUCCAGGCAAGUGCAGUGAGCAGGCACUGCUGUCUUCCCACUCUGCCUGCUGGCUCCUCCACUGCCUUACGCCAGGACCUGCACACAAGCGCUCUGCAGCGCUCAGCUCUAAGCACCUGACUUGACAUCUCUGGGUUCACGUGCAUCACUCUGCACUCUUCUCGCUUAGCCUUCUCUCUAACCAGCACAGAUAGCAUUGUCCCCUGCACUAGACCAAUGGGGACUGGCUUCGAAGUGAGUAGAAAUGGCCAUGUACCUACCAACCCGUCCUCUCCAAAUAAAUGUCAACAGAUACCUCCAAAAUCAAGUUGCUUCUGGUUCCUCUUGCUUAGAGCUUCCUUCUGGAGUUCUGAGUAAUCUCAGCAUCCAACAGUGAAGUCAUUCCAGGUGAACCUACACCACUUACUUUCUACUUCCCUUACACAAGGUAGAAGUGUCUGGCUAUGUGACUUGUUGACAAUGUAUCUUGUCUGCUCCUCACCACCUCUGAUGACCUCAUUCAAACUCCCAUCAGUUUCUCAUGUGCAGACCACCACAGCUGGCUUCACACCUUGCCAAUCAACCCUCUUGGCUGCUGCCAGUCAUCUAGAGGACUAGGCACCAUCCCACCCCGUGACAAGAUCCUUCAGAAAUUCUCCAUCUCACAAGACAGGCACUUGAGGGCAAAAGGGAGACCUUCCUGAUCACGCCAGCUCACCUGGUUUCUGUAAAGUAGGUCUCCAUCUCUCCAACCUCUGCAAAGGACCUUCCGUUCCAGGGAGGCCCUGCUCUAUCCACGCACCAACCCUCACUUCUCUCCCAGAAGCUAGUUUCAUAGCAAGUUUAGAUGCAAGGUCACUUCAAUCAUGAAGAUUUUCUAACCAUCUCUAGACAACCUGAGGUCACUACACCUUCAUGCCUCUCUCUGCACACCUAACUCUUGAACAGCAAGAAGUUAUCCACGCUUCCUUAAAGCAGCCUCCAACAUUGCUCAUUAAAGCAUCCGCUUCAGGAACUAAAGACAUCAGAAAGCAGUCUCAUUAUUUUAUAGGCACACUGCAUUUAUUCAUAAAGAUGGAACUUGACUCUCAAAAGUAAACAGACAUUUACAGUUACAGAAUAAAAAGCUGAAGGACAACAGACAGUCUUGAAGAACAUUAUGGGAUUUUGUGGCUCCUGAGCGUCCAGCACCCUUCUCAGUUUUAACCCUGUAACCAGUACUCCUAAACUCAAUAAACCUGACAGUGAUUAUAGCUGGGCAGCUCCACAUGACCCGGGCUUCACACUAAAGUCUUUGUUUCUAGCUUCCUAAGUUAAAGAUUAAAGGGAAAUAAUUUCACUUAAUUAUAUAAACUAUACUGAAAAAAGCUAGAUUGGCUCAAUUAAAUUGUGAUUGUAUGUAUGUAUGUGUGUAUGUGUAUGUGUAUACAUACACACAUACAUACAUACAUACACAUACACAUCCUUUAAAUUUUUAAAGUAGAAAUUCAAUCAUUUGUUCAAGUCUAAGUGUUUGACAUGGACUUUUUUUCAGUUUGCAAUAAUUAUAAUUUAUAAUAUAAUUUCCAAAAGCUCAAAGUGUUAAAAGAUAAAAUAAAAUGGUAUGCACUGUUUAGAAGCUA